AUGAUAAGUCUAAAUAAUUAAAUUUAAAGAAUGAUACAGCCUUCAACAACAAAGAUGCGUUUUAGCUUUUAAAAAUAUUAGGGACCUCUUUAAUUCAUUUGGAAAGUUUUUUAAGAAGCAAUCGAAUUUUUCGAUAAAGUUAUUUAAUUUAAUCUAUUAAAUGAUUCAACUUAUAACAAUAACUGUAUUGAUUAUUGUAAUCUUUAUAUUAUAAGAUUAACAUUAUUACAAUUUAAUGGAUUUUUCAUUUUAGUUGAACUCAAGAAUUAUUCUGAAGCUUUCCAAUUUAUCGAAAAAUCAAUCCAAUUGAAUUCAAAAAAUUAUAUAGAAUUCAAAAACAAAGAUUAGUUUAAAUAAUAACUAAUCUCAAUAGGGUCCCUAUUAAUAAUGUAUAUAAAAAUACGAAGAAACUUUCAAAUUAUAUAAAACCAUCAUAUUAAAUCUAAAGAGCAUAAGAGCAUUAUCAAUAAUAGGUAUUUUUUCUCAAUGCCUAUAUUUUUCCUUAACCUUCCUCAACAGGAUUAUUGGAUAAAUUGGCUAAUUAAUGAGAACUUACUGAUGAAGAGGGCUUAUAUUUGA